UUUGAUGAACAUUUAUUGGAACAGAUGUCCGACAUUUAUGGAUAGGAAACACCAAAAACGAAUGCUGAAUUGGUAAUACAGUACCAAGCUAUAGUUUCUCCUGUGGGUUCCUCUGUUAGACUAUUAACAUAGUUUUUCUACCGCUGUACAGCUAAGCUAUAUAUCUUCUCCUUUCUCUUAUUAUUGUGUUUUGGUUGAGCACUUUAGUUGAGUCCAUUUGUUAGAGAUUUACAGCAUACCUUUAUAAACAUUUUGAAUCAUGACACUGAAUUUUCACAAUAUCUUAUGAAACUAUUUAACAGAUAUCCUUAUAACAAUGGUUAAUAAAUUAUUUUAGAAAUAUUUUGACACAAUUUUUAAUUUUUUUUGAUACAAAUAUCACUUCUAUAAAAAAUAUAUAUAUAUAAAAAUUCAUUAAAAAUUUAAUUAUUUUUUAUUCCUUAUAAAAAAUUUCUAAAAAUAUUUUCUAAAUAAGUGUAUAUAACUUUUCUCAUAUUUUAUCACUAACCUUUGAUAUCAGAUCACAACAAACCAUAGCUCUAGUGAUGUCCGCCCCUUACAAUUCCUUACGUUCACUUACCGUCCCCGCCAAAAGCAUCAUAACCGUUAUUUCAAAAAACUUACAUACCCACAAUCUGUUCGACGAAUUGCCUCACCGAGACCUCUACUCUCUUAACUCCCUUCUAGUCUCAUACAUUCGCAAUGACGAUGCUCCUGCCGCAUGGACUCUCUUCCGUGACAUGCACUGCACACGCUCCGACCUCAAUGCAUACACUUUUACUCCGGUGUUGGGCGCGUGCUCAGCAUUGUCGUCGGCCAUUGAACGCGGCAAACUAGUCCAUGGGCUUAUGAUAAAAACGGGUACGGACGUGGGAACUGUGACCAAAACUGCACUCAUGGAUAUAUACUCCAAAAAUGGGUACUUGGGCGAGUCGGUUAAGGUGUUUGAUGAGAUGGAAUCGAGGGACAUUGUGACUUGGAAUGCUUUGCUUUCCAGCUUUUUACGCGUGCAGGGUCUUGCCAAGGAAGCGCUUGGAGUUUUUGAAGCAAUGAGGAAGGAGGGAGUGGAGUUUAGUGAGUUUACUUUGUGUUCUGUGCUUAAAGCUUGUACCUUGUUGAAGGCCUUUCGUCAAGGUAAGCAGGUUCAUGGGUUGGUGGUUGUGAUGGGCCGUGAUUUAGUGGUAUUGGGUACUGCUUUGAUUGAUUUUUACUCUGCUGUUGGGUGCAUAGAGGAAGGUAUUAAAGUGUUUAACAGUUUGGAUCGUAGAAGGGAUGAUGUGAUGCGCAAUUCUUUGAUUUCUGGGUGUGUUAGGAAUCGAAAAUAUGAAGAAGCAUUCUCAAUUAUGUGCAUGAUGAGACCCAAUGUUGUUGCACUGACUAGUGCUCUUGCAGGUUGUUCUGAGAAUUCCGAUUUGUGGAUUGGAAAGCAGAUACACUGUGUUGCGUUACGUCAAGGGUUCACAUUCGACACCCAGUUAUUCAAUGUUUUAUUGGACAUGUACGCAAAAUGUGGGAAACUGUUUGAAGCUCGGUCAUUGUUUGAUGGAAUUUGCAAUAAAGAUGUGGUUUCCUGGACAAGCAUGAUUGAUGCAUAUGGAGGUCAUGGGCAUGGGCUUGAAGCUCUUGAGCUGUUCAAGAAGAUGGGGGAUGAAGUUAGUGGGGUCUUGCCAAAUUCUGUUACAUUUCUUGCUCUUUUAUCAGCUUGUGGGCAUUCAGGACUGGUGGAGCAAGGCCAAGAAUGUUUUAAUUUAAUGAGGGUGAAGUAUGGUCUGAAUCCAGGACCAGAGCACUAUGCCUGCUUCAUCGAUAUCUUAGGCCGGGCAGGUAUGAUAGAUGAAGUAUGGUGUUUAUAUAAUGACAUGGUUAAGCAUGGUACUACUCCUACUGCAGCAGUAUGGGCAGCACUAUUGAAUGCUUGCAGUCAUAACUUGGAUGUAACAAGGGGCGAGUUUGCUGCAAACCAUCUAUUGCAAGUAGAGCCAAAUAAGCCAGGGAAUUAUGUACUUAUAUCAAACUUUUAUGCAGCCGUUGGAAGGUGGGAUUCUGUAGAUGAGUUGAGAAGCAUUAUGAGCACAAAAGGACUGGUCAAGGAAGCUGGGAGUAGCUGGAUCACUGUAACACGCUGCCAGGAGAAUGCUGUCAUGCAUAGUUUGAAAAUCAAAGAGUCUAGAAAAGGAGAACAUUUCAUGUAUGGUUGAUCAAGUUAGGCAUUUGUUCCAUAUCAAUCUUGUAGAAAUUUUUUGUAGUGGCCAAGCAAGGUAAGAUUACUCUUAUUUGCCUAACCUUAACAUUCUUUUUUGUAAAGUCAACUUGUCACCAACUCAUCAGUAUCUGUUCUUCUGCUCAUCAAUCAGUGGGAACACCAAUUAUCUGCUUCUCUUUCAAAAACUUUGGUGUGAUUAUCAAGGCUUAAGAAUUUCUUGUACUCACAAUAACUAAUUUGUUUAGAGGUAUGGACAGAUGCAUUUGGCUUACUCAUCCUCUUUUAAAUAAUGAAGAUGUUAGGGGAUUAGCCAGAGUCUACAAAUUAAGCUUACAUAUAUAAAUUGCUUCAGAAAUAAAUUUCCUGCUUGAUAGGCCAGCAACAUGCGGAAGUAUGUCUAUUUCAGUUGCAAAUAUCAACUAUUACUAUAUUUCAGACCAAAUGUCCUAAAAUCUCCACAAUUCCAAGUUUUCCCUUUCAUAUGUUGGACGCCUGUGUUAGAUUUUAUACCUUAAACAUAAAUGGAUGGGCAAGAGGAGCAGUUAUAUGAAUAAAUAGGGUGCUUCUGGAGAUGUAAAUUUUGGAGGUGAGAUUCUAUAUAAAAAAAAAAAAAAAAAAUUAUGGAAUUUGAGUUUGUGGAUUGGUUCAAUCACACUUAAAUGAGUUAUUUUAUUUUAUUUAAAUUUGAUGGAACUAUAUAGUUUUGAUUAUUUUAGUUCAGGUAUUUGAGAAAGGAUAUGAUAAUCAUGGACUUAGAAAAUUACUUUAACUUUGACGCUUUUAGGAAAGUACACAAAUUUUCAGAUAGGAGAUGGUAACAAUUUUUUAUUCAUGUUGUUCCCUUUUUCCUAUUGUAAACAAGGCGUCUUUGUUUCUGGUUUAGGAUGAGUUUAUUUCAAGUUUGGAAAUGUAAAUCUCUUUAUUAUUGUUUCAGUAGUUCAGGUAAUUUUUUUUCAAACAUAAGAAGUGAUAGAUGUAAAUUUAUACAUAUUCCUUGAUGAGCCUAAUCUUUGUUUAUAAUAUAUAAGAAAACAUUUGUGGAUGAGCCCACCAGUUGUUGGUUUCUGCAUACUUCCCUUGAGUAUCCCUUAGAAAUAAAUACUUUUAGCCAAAAAAUAUUAGGUUGAUCACGCUGAGCUAGGUCACUUGGUGGAUGUAACCAAUGAUGGCUCUCUCUUAUUGUUUUCAUCCCAGAUUUAUCUUUUUAGUAAUUUGUUGAUUGCUCCUUUAGCUCAGGUCAAUUGGUUUCAAUUCCUAUUUGCAUUCUUACACUCUUCUUUCUUGCCUUUUCUUGUUUAUCUUCCUUCCAAGUGCUACACUGCUCUAAGACCUACAGUGCCAUCCAGAGAAGACAAACCACGUCUCAAUGAGCCACAAGCUCUAUCAAUGCUCUGUCAUUGAUAUUGUGGGUGCUGGUGUGCUAGGUCUCCCCUUCUCCUUAAAACAAACCGACUGGAUCAUGAGCCUCCUUCCAUGGUUGCUCUUACCUGCCAUUGCAUGAUGCUCUUGGACUACACUUGCCACACAAGCUUGAAUCUGCUUAAUGCAUAAUGGAUUCUCCAUGAUUGUCUCUUUUGGAUAUUUGAGUUUCACAGUUUGUGGCCCAUCGGGAGAAAGAAUUUGUUUCUUUAGUACCUGUGGUUGUUUGCCUUGUACAUGUUCAUAAUAUUUUGUCAGUGGGAUUUCUACAUACCAUAUAUGAUGGUUUAACUUAAAUGUAUUUGUAGCAUUUUCUCUGUGGAAUUUCUUGCCCCAUGUAUUAAUAUACUGUAUAAAUUAGUAUGACAUGUCACUUGCAAAUUUGAGACGAUCUUAUUCUUCACUUUUUUCAAAAAUAUAUAUAAUAUCCUUGUUUAGACAGAUUAAA